AUUCAUUUUGUCGGCCUUCCUCACGACGAAUUGAAUACGGGCCACUGGUGGUGGAAAAACCCAGUUCUAUUUAUAUCGGUGGGUUUUCCCACCUUGGUGCACCGACCCCGCCAAAAUGAGCCGUAUAAAAUACAGAUUUGAACCAUGCAGAGUAAGACCGUAAGACGCAUCGAUAACAGGGUAGAGUAAUCAGGCCUCGUCAUAAUAACAAUAUGCUAUCUAUUUACAGAAAUAGGAUAACAUGCAUCUUGGACUUUGAUUGUUUGAUCACAAAUAAUUUGGCAGGUGAAACAUAUAGUUCAAAUUCGUCAGACAUCGCUGAGAUCUCAAUCUUAUUUUCUUUUUAACUCGCAAGAAACAAUUCUAAUUUCUCAUGGCUGCAAUGACUGCGACUAGAGAAGAUGCCACAGGUUCCUUGAGGAAUCUUACAUGUCCAAUGUGCCUCGGAAUCUUCACUGAAGCGACCAUCUUGACAUCAUGCGGACACACAUUCUGCAGGAACUGCCUGAAGACCUACGACCUGUCUCACCAGGACCGUAACUACAUGGUCUGUCCUCUCUGUCAGAAGAACACCAAUUUGUCUGCGAACCGUGUCGAUGACUUGCUUGCAAACAUAACAGUUAAUAAAUUCGUGGACGAUUACCGGGUGAAAAAUGGAGGAGCAAAUGCUACCACUGCUCAGAUCCGCCCAAAAUGCACCUCUUGCAAGCUUCAGCCACAUGCUGUUUCAUUCUGCAGAACUUGUAAUGACCACUUGUGUGUUGAGUGCCGGUAUUGCCAUGAGCAUCUUAGUAUCUUUGAAGGUCACGAGAUUGUUUCCAUGCAGGAUGCUAUUAAGUUAAUUAAAUGUUCCUUCCACAGACUGGAGAAGAAAGAUAUAUUUUGUGAGGAUUGUAAAAUCUACAUCUGUCUCAAAUGCUUACCCGACGGUCAUCAGUGUCAUAAAAUCCAGAAUCGGGCCACGUUCGGUGAGGAGCUGCAGCUUGAAGUGGACAACCUUGUCAAACGAUGCGCAACUAAGGAACCAGAACUGCAGAUGAACAAUCAGAAUGUAGAGGAUCAACACAAUGAGGUAACCACUGCCAUGCAGAGGCUCCUGAAUGAUGUAAACAAUGCCUACAGAAUCAAAAGCAGAAAGCUGAAAGGGUAUCAUCAGAACCUCAAGACACAAAUUCAUACACUAGAAAAGAGAUAUGGUGACGCCUUAAAUGGCGUGAAAUCCAAUGAUCUACAGAAGAUUGAAGGUAUCCGUAGUUCAAUAGCCAGGAUUGCACAGAUAGAUAAAGACACGCUGGGUAAUCUUGAGACAGAGUAUCUGUCUGUUCAUAAAUUUAUGUGUAAAGAUCUAGAUUACUUGCUGAAAGAGGGUAAUGGUGGCACUUCGGCUAAGGCCAUUAAGAAUAAAGCUCAAAGGAAUAAGUUCAAACCAUCUGGUAAAACUCGAAUUACUCUUGGGAGCAUAUCAGGAUUCACCGAUACCACCCCCGGGACUGCGAUGACAGCAAAGAUUAAGGUAAAGAAGGAGAAGGGUCAUAGCAAGAAAAAGAGGAAUGUGGAGAAGAAUAAAAAGACAAACCAGAAUGGAAAAGAGGAGCUGAAGAAGAAGAAGAAUGGAGAAAAUGGACUGAAUGUUGUUGGGCAAAUCAUAAUAGGAUCCAGCAAGCACAUUUCGGGGGCCGCUAGUAUGAAUAAAACGGAUACUACACAAAGGAACAUCUCCAAGCCUGAUGAUAGUACUCGUCGUGACCUCGAGAAUAUCACAAAACAUAAGGGUCACACUUCCAUUACAAUGGAAGCACCCGGGAAGAUGUUAAUGUCUGCCGGUAAUAUUCGCAAGGACACCCGGAGCAUCUCUGAGUCUUCUGAUAGUUCGGUAGCCAUUAAGAAAUGUGGUAAAAAGAGGUUGAAAUCCGCGGACGAUAACCCCUUUUUCGACUCAGGGUGCAUCAAUUCAAGGGAGGCAGCACGGAAAAGGUUCAAGUCUGGAGAUGAUGAUCGUCCUAACCACAGGAGCAUCUCAGAAGCUGCUGGUCAAGCUCACUCUGGGACUAACACUGGACAGAAGGCAUUGGAGUCCAGAGAAUCUCCAGUUGUUAUAGUUAAAAAUGUACCGCCGCUCAAGAGAAUUAAUUCUGUUGAUAACCAUACUCGUCCUGGUUCAGAAAGCAUCGUACGAUCUGCUGAUCAUAAGUAUGCUGCAUAUGCAACAAUUGCAAAGAUAAGUCAGAAUGAAGGAAGGUCUGCGCAUGGUCCAUCUCUUGUGUUCACAGCGGUCACGGAAUCUACUAAUCACACUUCUGAAAUAUCUGUUGCGAUGAAGUCGCAAGAGAAGAAUUCAAAGCCUAAAACUAGAAUGGAAGCACAUAGCACUAAUAUUCCCAAGCCUGAUGGCAAUGUUGGACUACUUGGGAGCAUCUCGGAUUCCACUCAUGCAAAAAUGGCGGGAGCCAUGACGAAGAAAGUGCAGAAGAAGACAUUGAAGCUUACAAAUGAUACUCAUCUUGAUUCUACAAGCAUCCAAAGAUCGAAUUACUCCUUUGGGGCGGCCAUUACAAAGGAAAAAGAUGACAGAAGUUUCACGUCUUCACCUGCUUCUAUGAGUUCACCUGGUAAAACAUCUGCGCCUGUCUCUAAGAAAAAAGUAAAAGCGAAUAUAUCAAAACCUCUAAGUGAUAUUCGUCUUGACCGUGGGGCGAUCUCGGGUUCUAAUCAUACUUCUAGGUCAGUCGUCAGAAAUACAGAAGGUCUUAGAAGGUGCAAUUCUGAAGAUAAUUCCUGCUUGGGGCCAACAGGUCACAAGAAUUGUUUGGCACAGAAAACUCAAAUUUCCAAACCAGCUGAUUCUCGCUUCCCCGGUAACAUCCUAAGAUCCAACAUGUCUGUAGCAGAAAUUAAGAAAGUAGACCCACAAGAGAAAAGAUUUAAGAUUCCAAGAAAACCGCCAAAUCAAGACAUUCACCCUGUGACUACCACUGGAGCUUCUCUGGUGUCCGGAGAAUCUCCAGCGACAAUCGGUAAGAAAAUACCAAUGCUUAAGAGAAUAAAGUCGGUUGAUAAUUCUAUUCUUGAUUCGGAGAGAAUCUCUAGAUGUACUGAUCACUCUUCUGCGGAAAACAUUAGCAAGAAAAGUCAGAAUAAGUCGACGUCUGAAUUUGAUGCACACGUGGACCUCAUGAUGCUCCAAGGAUCUACUAACUAUACUACAGAAAUGUGUACUGCGGAGAAAACUCAGGGGAAGCGUUUGAAGUCUGACCUUGGGAACAUUUCAGAAGCUGGUGGUGACACAUAUAGUCCUACACCAACCAUGAAAAAGAAAGGACAACUUGAAAAGGUAAUAAAGCGCGAAUAUGACAAUUGUUUUGACCCUAACCCCAACUCGAGAACUACUGUUUUUCAUCAACUUCCUGGGAGCAUCUCGGGAUCCACUGAUCAAAAAUCUACGGGAGCCGUGAAGGAGAAAGCAGGUUUACAGGAGAUAAUUAAGAAAUUAAAUCGUACAGGUGAUACUAAUCUUGGGGCCGCCACUGCGAAGAAAACACAGGGGACACUAUCAAAGUCAACCGAUAAAAGUCGAGACCUCGGGAGCAGCUCAGUCUCAACUAUUCACACGUCUAUAGCAACCAAUGCAAAGAGAGUAGAGGAAAGUAGGUCCAAGGUUGCAAGUGAUACCCGUCUUAACAUAGAUAGCUUUCCGGGAUCAAGUCGGAAAUUGGAAGUCGUGGGAUCUAUAGGCCUACAAGGAUCGAUGUGGGGGCUGGCUAAGUACUCUGACCGAAGUGUGGCUAUCCGCCAUGGUUACGCAAAUGGUAUUGACAUCAUCGAUGUAGCAGGUGAAAAGUACCAAUACACUGCGAGGAAAUGCUAUGACUUUGUUUUCCAACGAGACAAGUCGAUAUGCAUGUCAGUGGGUAAUACAGAAGCACAUAUAUACUCUCCCGAUGGCUCCAAGAAAGCAACAAUCCGCGUUAAAAACAACGGCAAUUUUAUCGCUGUGAACAAGAGUCCAUCAGAUGAAAUCCUCGUUACCAACAAUGGAUAUCAAGUCUACAUCUUUGACGAAGCGGAAUUCAAUCUUAAACAUACCAUUCGAACAGUACAGAGCAGGACAAGACAGGUAUCUGCCACUUCAUCAGGUUUGGUCGUCACCAGCUCGUGUUGUUACACAAAACCGAGUAUUGUGGCGGUCUAUGACAGGGAGGGGGAUGCUGGCAAGCCCCUGAUUGCUCCAAACGAUAUCUACCUGUAUGUUGCCAUAGAUGAAAACGACAGAAUUUACAUAGCGAGUGUUGAUUGGAAGAAUAGUAAAAUGGUGAUUAGGCUCUAUGAUCUUGAUGGUUUGAAUCUAAAGGAAAGACUUGAGGUUGGUGCUCUUGAUAUACCGUUAUGUGAUUACUGGUGUACCUUAGUUUCUCUCUCCCCAGACUUGCUCGCUUUUGCUUGCCCCCAGAAGUUGUACUUUAUCAGAGUUCCACUCUAAUCCAACUCAUGUAGUAUAGUUUCCAUGUUUGUUUGAUAAGUAUAAAGUCGUGGUGUAGUGGUUCUGACUCUCGCCUUGUAAACAGAGGGUCGUGUGAUCGAAUCCCACCGCGGUCUGGCGUCCUUUGGCAAGGCGUUAAUCCACACUCUGCCACUCUCGACCCAGGUGCUAAAUGGGUACCCGGUAGGAUGUGAAAGUCAUUGUAGCUUGUCCAGUACUGUGUGGAAUACUGGAAUGACUGGAAUACUCCCCAGGGAGUGGAGGCAUACAUUGUGUGCGGGAAUGACUGAUUGAAUCCGAUGACCGGGGUAAUAAUGUAUCUGUAAAGCGCUUUAAUAGACACGUCGUUCCGAUUGUAUUAAGCUCUAUAUAAAAGCGGAUUAUUAUUAUUAUAAAUCAAAUACAACUCCAAGAUAGUCAUAGGUUCAGUACAUCUCAGUAGAUCGUUGUAGACUUUCGUCAAGUUAUC